AUGGAGUUCACGACACUACUUAUCUAUACCGGUGCUAUAACACUUUUGUACAUAUGCGUCACCAAGCUCAUUGCCAAGACAUUGCGUAGUGCGCAGCUUCCUCCCGGGCCCCGGGGUCUUCCUCUUGUCAGCAAUGUACUAGAUCUCCCACGAGCUGGACAAUUCGAGGCGCACCACUGGGCCAGGCAUAAAGACUUGUACGGAAAUAUUAGUUCCGUUACUGUCUUCGACCAAACCCUGAUCAUCAUUAACGAUGCGAAGUUAGCUCAGACCAUCCUCAAUGAUCGGUCAGCCAAACAUUCCAGUAGGUCAAAGAUGACCUUCGCCGGUGAAAUGGUUGGCUGGGACAAAACCCUGAGCUUUCUUCCAUAUAGCGACCAGCUUCGAAGUCACCGCAAAAAAGCUCACCUUUGCCUCAAGUCCGAAGCUAGCGUCAAGUCGAACGAUGUUAUACAAGAGAUUGAAGUCGGACAUUUUCUUCUGCAUCUACUGAGAGACCCUGACCGUUUAGUCGAGCAUAUUCAGAAACAGGCUGGCUCUGUAAUUUUGAAAGUGGUGUAUGGAUACACCGCUGAGCAGUUCAGACCUGAUCCUCUACUCAGUACUGUACGAAAGGUCGUCGAUGAGUUCGGCAUCGCGGCCAAGCCUGGGGCAUUUAUGGUUGACCUCGUCCCGAUCCUGAAAUAUAUCCCGGACUGGUUCCCUGGAGCUGGCUUCAAAACUACAGCGAAGCAGUGGAGGGCUAACCUCGAGAGUUCGGUUGAGGAUCCCGCAGCUUUCGUAGAGCAUCAAAUGGCCAACGGCAAGGAUAACACAUCGUUUAUGUCUCAGCUGAUGCAGAAGAAGGGCUUGACAGAUGAGGACGUUUCUGAGAAUAAGUGGCUAGCGGCAUCUCUGUACGCUGCAGGUGCGGAUACUACUGUCUCUGCGAUCACGACCUUCUUUCUCGCUAUGACACUUUUUCCCGAGGCCCAGAAGAAGGCCCAGUGUGAGAUUGACGAAGUCAUUGGGAGUGAGCGCUUGCCUACGUUAUCUGAUCGACAAAGCUUACCAUACGUCAACGCACUCGUGAAGGAAGUCCUCCGAUGGCAUCCCGUCGGACCAAUGUGUCUUCCCCAUACAACCUCACAAGACGAUCUUAUCGACGGCUAUCUGAUCCCAAAAGGCGCAAUGAUACUCCCGAAUAUCUGGCAAAUCUGUCAUGAUCCAACACUCUACCACGAUCCAAUGACCUUUGAACCAGAACGCUUCCUUGGCCCGGAGGCUGAGACAGACCCGGGUCGUUUUGUCUUUGGCUUUGGUCGAAGAAUUUGCCCGGCGCAGGCCAUGGCUGACAAGACGCUGUUUCUCAACAUGGCGCAGAGUCUUGCUGUGUUUGACAUUAAGGUGAAAGAGGGAGGUGAUGUGCCCAAGGCUGAGUUUACGUCUGGAGUUGUUAGCCAUCCGAAGCCUUUCGAAACUGCGAUCAAGCCGCGAUCUUCUGAGCAUCGUAAGCUAAUUAAGUCAAUUGAGCGGAUACAUCCGUGGCAGCAGAGCGAUGCAGAGACUCUCGCAAACCUAUAG